GUUCUCGCCAUAAAGCAACAGAGUGCUCCGAGCUAUUGGUAUACGGGAGAAUUUCUACCUAAGCUAUGGCUGUUCGUUCCAGCAUAGUAGCCCGUGCGAUUCGUCGCCGCGUACUUUUACCGACCUCUCGUCCUCACUCGACGUCUUCCCUCAUCCCAGUGCCACCACCGUUGCUCUCGCUUUCCACUUCUUCGUCAAGCUCGCAUUCUGUCAAUAAGGUGCCAGUGUACUCAUGCCGCUCUUUUACCCGCCAUGUAUCCUCUCAAGCCGAGGAACAUGCCUUGGAACGUGAACCACAAGCACAACCCACCAAAACAAUACCUCCAGGUGUCCGUCUCGAAGAAGAAACGCUGCCUACGUACGACGUAAUGCGCUUUUAUCCAGCUGCUGAGGUCGGGAAAGUCCUGGGCGACAAGUACGAGUUGGUGUGUAAGUUAGGGUACGGAGAGUACUGGACGGAAUGGCUGGCAAAAGAUCUGGAUCUGACCCGCCAGUCGGGCGAGUCCAAGGAGUCCGGCAUAGAAGAGUACACAUUUCUCAAAAUAUUCGCGAACGACCCCGCAUCGACUGCAUAUGCAGCGCAUCAAUGGGCCCUAGCGGACCUCAUCUCUUCUUCCACUGCCUCCACCACCGCUUCGACCUCCGCAUUAAGCACACCUUCUACGCCGGAUUCUCCUUCCAUAACACAAGAAACCAUCAGAGACGGUGCACGAUCAUCAGAGACACAAGCCGAGCCUCAUCCAGGCCUCUUCCUCCUCCGCCUCCCACAGGCUCGGUUUACGAUCUCCACGUCCCUCGGUGCCCAUACUUGUCUCGCUUACCCGCCCAUCGGGCUCCAAGUCCAGAAAUUGGAAGAAGUAUUGGGGGAGGUGCCGACACGAGAGUGGUUGAAGUAUCUAAAGACGAUGAUCAGGUGGAGUUUGAUCGCGUUGGAUGGCCUGCAUAGUGUUGGUGGGGUGCACACUGACAUCCACCCCACUUCUCUCCUCACAGACCUCAUCUCCCCCGCUUCUCUAUCAAACCUCGCAACACUCGAACGCACGAACCCAUCCGCACGGAAACCCGCACGUGAAACACCGGAACACCUAGGAUUUAGGAUCUUCGAAUCGAGGGAAUUCGUACCGAAAGUCGAGGAGCUCGGGGCGCCUACUUUAGGUGGGUUGGAAAAGACGGUGUGGCUGGAUAGUGCGAAGGUGGAGUGUGAUUUGGCGGUGGCGAGAGCGGGACGGAGGAUGUGGGAAGAUGAGAACGUGGAUGAUGCGGUGGAGGGUGUCGAUCCUGUCUUAGGGGACGGGUGGACUAUUAGGUCACCGAGCGGCGGGGAAGAUAAAUGGAAGGGGUUGAUUCAGAGGGAUGUGUGGAGGGCGCCGGAGGUCAUUUUGGGUGCGGGAUGGGAUGCGAAGGCGGAUGUUUGGGGGAUGGGAUGUGUGAUCUGGCGUCUCAUCAAUCGCCGUCCACUCUUCUAUGGCCGUCUUCCCGGUUCGUCAGGCUACACGCAUGAAGGCCAUGUAGCAGAGAUGGUCGCUGUCAUGGGAUCCCCGCCAGAGACCUUCCUAAACAGGGCAGGAGAGAAGGAAAGCGCGGAAGUGUUCAGGCCUGGCACUUCCAUCCUCCGUUCGGGCCUCCUCCCUGCGGCAUGUUCCCUUUCCUCCCUCAUCGACCUCGAUCUGGACGCGAUCGACCCGGAACAUGGUGGUGAAGCGGGAUUUUUGGAGUUUAUGGGGACUAUGUUGAGGUGGGACCCGGAGGAGAGGUUGAGUGCGGCGGAGGUAGCGGGGUUGGGGUGGUUAGAUGUUGAGUAGGAUGGAAGGUGCGCAGCAUAGGAGGGUUGGAAGGGAUUUGAUGUGAGUAUGUGGAUCUUUUGUGACCUAACAUACUCGUGCCACAUCAGAAUCGAUGUGGCUCAUGAUUGAGAUAUCUCGCCUGGGAACACCACUCCCGAGGCUUUCGUUUCAGACUCGUUGAGGAGAUGGUAUAUGAUUCCAUGGGGA